AUGCCGCUGGAAAUGCGUCCGAUGACGACCGACGACACGUUAUCUUGGACACGCGUCCGCGCACUUGCCUACUAUGGCCCUACGCAUGAUGUACUGCAUUCCGGGCCCAUCAGCGAGUCGUCGAUACGCCGCGUGGCCGAGGACCGCAAGCGGGAAAUGGGCCAGCCAAACACCUGGCACUGGAAGGUCGUCGACACCGAUGCAGCGCCCAGUGCUGACGACCCGCCCGACAAUGGCGGGCGAAGCAUUGCAAUCUCGGUGUGGAGCAUGCACAAUUCGUCUAUACCGGCAGAAAAAGCCGACAAGGCUCCAGGCUUCGUACCUCUUGAGCUGCGCGUCGAUGCCUUGAGCUCACUCCUUGGCCCGCUGCGUGCGGCGCAGCACGCUAUCAUGGGCACAUGGCAACCUUUCUUCAAGCUUAACUCGCUCGCGACACAUCCGGACUACCAGGGCCGCGGCGCAGCGACCAUGAUGCUGGACUGGGGGCUGCAAAAGGCGGACAAAGAGGACCUGGUCACGUAUCUGGAUGCAACGCAAACGGCCAGGCCCUUGUAUGAGAAGCGAGGGUUCACGCUGGUCAGGGCCAUCGAGUGGGAUCGGGCGCCGUGGGGCGGCGAGGGGAAAGACUUGCUGCCACUUGCCAAUUCCGCCGGAGGUCAUAGGCUCGGGGUCAAUGGUUUGGCCGUCCACCCUCAGAACUCGAUCCUCUACUCGGGCGGCCGCGACGGUGUGAUAUGCGCAUGGGACCUGCAUCUCGACCUGGACAAGACGGCUGCCGACGAGCGCGACCCUUUUGCCGACUCCAACGCUGCCGAUUUCAAGCCGCCGCCUACGCAGUUUCGCCAGCAAGUCCAGGCCCAUACUCACUGGAUCAACGAUAUUGUCCUCGCCCAGAACAACAAUGCCCUCGUCUCAGCCUCGUCCGACAUCACCGUCAAGGUAUGGCGACCCGCCGCGACAGACAACCUCCCUCCCCAGACCAUCGGCCUGCAUACCGACUACGUGAAGCGCGUUGCAUCGCCUGGCGGCAAUGAGAACUGGAUAGCCUCGGGCGGACUGGACCGCAAGAUCAGCCUGUGGGACCUCAAUGGCGCGGGCAAGAAGCUGGAAAUCGCAGUGGGCGAGGACGAGAACACGGCAAAGGGCUCCGUCUAUGCCCUGGCAGUCACACCAAACCUUAUUGCUAGCGGUGGUCCAGAAAGCAUCGUCCGCGUGUGGGACUCGCGAUCCGGCAAGCGCAUCACCAAAUUUGUGGGACACACAGAUAAUGUGCGCGACAUUCUCCUGGCGCAGGACGGGGACAUGAUUUUGACUGGCUCCUCGGACCAGACGGUCAAAGUGUGGUCCAUGACGGCCGGUCGUUGCAUGUACACGCUCACCAUGCACAAUGAUAGUGUGUGGUCGCUCCACUCAGACUCACCGACCCUCGAAACUUUCUACUCGUCAGACCGGUCGGGCCUGGUGGCCAAGAGCGACGUCCGCGACUGCGCCGAGAUGGAUGAGGGUCUCUCAGUGGCAGUGUGCCAGGAACACGAAGGUGUAAACAAGCUCGUUGCAGCAGGCGACUACAUUUGGACGGCCACAUCGAGCUCAAGCAUCAACCGCUGGCUCGAUAUCGAGACAGCCGCUGAUAUUGAGCUUCCAGAGUCAUACAAAUGGCAUAGGAAUAGUGUGUCGACUAUGCGAUCUCGAGUUCCUUCACCCCCAGGCAAUAGUCCUCCGACCAACGGAGCAACGCCCAAGAUUCCGCUCAAGUCGUUGCUGCGCAUGUCCAAUACCGCACCAUUUCCUCAAGCAAUGGCCACCAAGGAUGCCGAUACCGCGACUGUAGCAAGUUCGCGGAAACCUUCCGAGGGGUUGACAGAACCGGACCACAGUGCAGUUGGUACUGUUCGUGCGCUACCAGACUUCACCAUUGAAGGCCAAAACGGCCUCAUAAAACAUCAUCUGCUCAGCGAUCGACGGAGAGUCCUUACUCUCGACACCGCAGGAGAAGUCGUCUUAUGGGACCUACUACAGCAGUGUAUGCCCGUCAAGUCGUUUGGCAAAAAACACAUGGAAGACGUUUUGCCAGAAGUGAAUACUCAGGACAGUGUUGCUCACUGGUGUGCUGUCGAUACAAGGAUAGGAACCUUGACAUGCAUGCUAGAAGAAAACUAUUGCUUUGAUGCCGAAGCAUAUGCAGACGAGCUAGACCUAGAAGAGAAGAUUGAUUUCAGGGAAGAUCAUAGAAUAAAUCUUGGCAAAUGGAUCCUGCGAUACCUCUUCUCUAAUCUCAUCGACGAAGAGAUCAAGCGUGACGAGGUGGCCCGGUCUGAGUUGGUGAAGCAAAAGCAGGAACAACCACAGGAAGGCCGACCCACGAACAUUGAGCUUCCGGACGUCAACAUCAACGGCUGGAAAGACGCGGUUUCUGGGCCUACUUCAGCAUCGACCAUCAAGGCUGAAAAUGGAUACCGCUUACCGCACACACCAGGCCUGGCCAUCGGUCUGGCAACACCAAUGGCAGGUCCAGGAAGUGCAGGGCGCAACUCGGCCACUGCUGCCCUGACGCCGACCAAAGAAGAGGGUGCACAGUUGGAAACGACUCAGACACGACGAAGCUUGAACCAAGAGGGCGGAGACUACUUUGGUUCGGCCACGGAGACCAAUGGCAACGGAAAUGCCAAAGCUGGUGAGCCUGCCAAGGAAGGCUCAACAGACUCAAAAGAAGAAGCAGUUCAAUCACCAAACGAGACCGAUACACCGUCGAAGAAAGGCAAAGGCAUGUUUGGCAAAAAGUUCAACAUGUCAUUUAACAUGAAGAAGUUUAGCACCGGCACAGCUGUGCCUGAGCCUGCUAAGCCUGUCGUGGACGAGAAGGCCGAGGAUAGUGACUCUCGCUCUACCAAGACGGAUGAAAAGACAUUUGAGGAUAAUUUCUUUGGUGUUAUCCAACGGAUACGACAGGGGUAUGAGGAACAGCUGGCUGCAGGUGCUACAAAGCUAGAAACAGCUAUUACACCGAGCCUGCCAAACGAAACACCGGUGCUCAAGCCGCCAGCGAUGACGACCAUCUUGAUCCAAGAGGAUCGCCCCGACUCUGGAGGAGUUGCUGAUCUCUUCGAAGGCAAAGUCGGUACACUGGGAUCACAAGCUGAUCUCAUUGAGAAGGCGGCGCCCAUGUGGCUGGCCGAAGUCUUGCUACGAAACCAACUCCCACCCAAGGAUAUCGUCAAAGUAUCUUUUGUCCUCGAGCCCCACGGCAACUCCUUGCCGUCCAUCUCAUCCGACGGGUACAUUCCUUUUUCUCUUCCCUUCGAAACCGCGGCGCUCGCUAAUUCGACCCUCAGCAACAACCGCCUCAAUGCUAACCGCAUGCUGCGGGCGCGCAAGAUCCUCGGCUACGUCGCCGAACGCAUCGAACCGCCGCCUACAAAGGAGGAUCUGGAAAAGAUGUCCGAGGAGGGUGGGGUGCUAAAGCCAGAAGAGUACCUCGAGCUGUACUGUAAUGGCCAGCUCAUCCCCCCUACAAUGACACUGGCUAGUAUCCGCGCCCACGUCUGGCGCGGAGGCGGCGACGUCCUCCUCUACUACAAGGCAAACGGCCGCAAGCAAAUCAAGCAAGCCCACUAUCCCGGCCCGCAAUCUGGUGCUCCGCCUGCCCCCAUGCACGGCUUGCGACCUGGCGCGGGACUCAGCUCCAUGCCUGGCAGCAGCAAUGUGAGCGAAGGGAAGCAGAGCAGUGAGGCGGAGAGAAGCACAAAGGACACUGCUGUUUUUGGGCCGUAG